AUGGCGUCGUUCAUCGGUGUACCGCUAAAAAAGACUUUUGAGGUCGAUUUAAUUAAUCCGCUGAAAACAUUCAUCCGAAAUACUUUUAGUCAGGCUAACCCGGAAGACUAUGGCCAGGCAUUGACUGAGUUUAAUAAGCUGAGAAAUGUGAUGAUAAAGAAAUCCGUGGACAAACACGAAUCGACGUUGGAAGUUUUGUAUCGUUAUUAUGACCAGCUGGUAGCAAUAGAAAACAAAUUGCCCAUCACAGAAAAUCAGAUUCGUGUUCAGUUCAAGUGGCAGGAUGCCUUUGAUGAAGGCUCAUUCUUGUCAGGAAGAAGGACUUUGGCCAUCGCCUCGGCAGCGUAUGAGAAGGUGUGUGUGCUGUUCAACAUUGCUGCCCUCCAGUCUCAGAUUGCUGCUGUUCAGAACCACGAGAACAAUGAAGGCCUGAAGCUAACGGUGAAGCUAUUUCAACAUGUGGCAUCUUUGGGACACCUGAAAGACAUAGUGUUGUCCCACAUCCAGCAGGAUCCGACACCCGACCUGAACCCAGACACACUGAGUGCCCUGAGCGCUCUCAUGUUAGCACAAGCCCAGGAGUCUAUAUACAGGAAGGCUACUCAAGAUAAAAUGAAGGAAGCAAUGAUAGCCAAACUGGCAUACCAGACAUCGGAACUGUACUCAGAUGCCAUGAAGUUGAUGCAGCUAGGAUCCAUCCGGGAACUGUGGCCACGGGACUGGUUGCUGAUUGUGGUGAUGAAGCAGGCAGCCUUCCAUGGAAUGUCUGAGUACUACCAAAGCUGUGUGGCCCAACAGUCUAAGAGUUAUGGAGAGGAGAUCGCCAGAUUACAGCAUGCUAAAGAGCUGCUCAAUGCCUCAAAGACUCGUGGUGGAUCAACUUUCAUCUUUCAGCAAGAGCAGGGUCGUGUAGACAGAGCCCUGGAGACGGCCCUCAAAGACAACAACUUCAUUUACCAUGACAAAAUCCCUGAUCUAAAAACACUGCAGCCCAUUGGAAAAGCUGUUGUUGCUAAGGCUGCACCAGUAUCGCAGCCAAUGAGUGCAAAGUUCACAGAUUUGUUUGACAAGAUUGUUCCCCUGCCAGUCCACGAAGCACUCACAGCUUUUGAGAACCGCAAAGCACAGAUUGCCAAUGCGGAGAUUGGGCGGCUUCGUAGUGCCACAGAUCUGUUAAACAGUGUCCUGGCUUCCUUGAACCUGCCUGCUGCCCUGGAAGACCUGUCUGGUGAGAGAGUGCCCCAGUCGCUGCUGGAGAAGGCCCAGCAGAUUCAGGAGAUGGGCGGGCUCAGUAAAAUUGAUCAGCUCAUGAGUGAUCUCCCAGAGCUGCUGGCUCGCAACAGAGAAAUUCUCAAUGAGAGUAUUAAGGCUCUGGACGAUGAAGAGAAAUCUGACCAGCAGUUGAGGGACCAGUUUAAGGAGAAAUGGACAAGAACACCUUCUGUCACCUUGACCAGGCCCAUGAGAGAUGAAGCAAACAAGUACAAAUCCAUACUGGAUACAGCUAUCCAAGCUGACCACAUUGUCAGGGACAAGUACAACACACACAAAAAGGCUAUAGCCCUCUUGUCUGCACCUAAGUCUGAGUUGGAGAGUGCCCUACCUGCAGCCAGCGCCGUGGCUUCUCUACAGAACAGCAAUGUGGUUCAAACACUUCGUCAGCUCCUGGAGCAGGUUCAAGCCGAGAGGGAUGUUAUUGAAGCUGAAUUAAAAGAUGCAAAGUUUGACAUGAGUGGCAAAUUUCUAGGAGCACUGGUCACAGAAGGUCUGAUCAAUGAAGAGGCACUAUCCAUGUCAGAGCUUGACAGAGUGUAUUCACCUCUCCGUGAACAGGUGUCAGACAGUCUGCACAGGCAAGACAUGUUGUUGUCUCAGAUUCAG